AUGAAGUUGCCUUUGGCAGAGACGCGGUGGCCUGGGGGCGGCGGGGAGCAGUGUAUAAGAUCGGGAGGACCCCGCCUUCUGCCUGGACAAGUUAAAGAAUUCCGGGAGGCAGUGGCUUCACACACGUGGGUACAGUUGACGUCUCCAUUUCACAAGUGUGUACACUCCUGCACCGGAGCCCCCCGGGCUGGCCGCAUCACGUGCCGUAGGCGGGCGCCCCCUGGCGCGGGGAGGGAAGUGCGGCGGCUGCGGCCGGAGCGCGCGGAGCCGGGCCGCCCCUCCUUGUACUUCGGCGGGAGCAUCCCCGGCGGACGCGAGGACCGGGAGCUGUACGGGCGGAUCGUGUCGCGGCUGCGGCGCUUUGGGGCGGAGCUCACCGAGCACUUGGCGGCCGCCGAUCAGGGCGCGGGCGGAGAAGAGGCUGCUGGGGGCGACAGGCUCAUCCAUGAGCAGGACCCGGCCUGGCUGCAGCAGGCAGAGGAAGUGGCCCAGCCCUCUCUGGGUAUAGGCUACGAGCUGGACCGGGCCGUGGCCCGCAGUAAACCAGUCCUGUGCCUGUUCCGCCCGCAGUCUGACCGAAUGCUCUCGGCCACGAUCCGGGGAGCAGCCGAAGGCUCGCAGGUCCAGGUGUGGGGCUACGAGGCGGCAGAGGCAGCGGAUCCUCCUGAGCGGUGGCUGCUCCCCUGACCCCACCACUUGACUUCACCCCAGCUUAUUAAAUUCUCCUGACCCCAGACUUGCUCUAGUACCAUUCCUACCCCUUAGCCCCAGUACCAGAUUCAUGGCACGUUUACAAUUCUAACUUUCCGUCUGUGUGAGAGUGGGGUGGGGGCAGGUCCCCCAUAAUAUCCUCUUAACACCCCACUUCACUUCAAGAUGUAGAGACCCUUUAAAGAUCUACAGACCCCCAAGACGAGGAUACUUCCUAACGCCCUCAAGCUCCCCCCAGGAACACUCAGGAGUGUGGAGGAAGCUGAUCGAUCAUGGGAGUGGCCAUUCCUCUCUGUCUCUGAUGCAGGGCUGGGUCUGGGGCAAGUGGGCCAGCCUGUACCUGGCCCUGUUAUCACGUGGACCUUUAUUUCCCUUUAUCGGUGUAAGUCACACAGGUCCGCCGUGGGCUUUCUCUGAGGAUGGAAGUCUGGACGCCUGAAGAAAAGAGUAAAGGAGGAGGAGGGCUGGGUGUGUGCGAUGGAGGGGGAAG